AAAUGGGAAACACUCAAGGAACCAAUAAUUCGCAAGAUGAUAAAAAGGAUAAGAAUGAUAGUAAACAAACCCGUUCUGACCAACCGGUUACCUUUGGUAAACGUAAAAGGAAAAUGUUAAGACAAUUAGCUCCAGUAAGAAUACCAACAGUGACACCAAAUUCAAAAUGCCGAUUGAGAUUAUUAAAACUUGAAAGAAUUAAAGAUUAUUUAUUACUAGAAGAGGAGUAUAUAACGAAUAAAUCGUUACAUAAACCCCUGAAAACAAAGAAUCAAGAUGACUUGAUAAAGCUUGAUGACAUUAGAGGAUCUCCAAUGAGCGUUGGAACGUUGGAGGAGAUCAUAGACGAGAAUCACGCUAUCGUAACCUCAUCAAUUGGCCCUGAAUAUUAUGUAAAUAUACUCUCGUUUGUGGAUAAGGAGCUUCUGGAGCCAGGCUGUUCAGUUCUUUUGCAUAACAAAACUAAUAGUAUAGUUGGAAUACUUUUGGACGAUGUCGACCCGCUGGUGUCUGUAAUGAAGGUGGAAAAGGCACCCCUUGAAUCUUAUGACGAUAUUGGAGGCCUUGAGGAACAAAUUCAGGAAAUUAAAGAGGCUGUUGAGUUACCCUUAACAAGGCCUGAGUUAUAUGACGAUAUCGGUAUUAAACCUCCCAAAGGCGUAAUUCUAUACGGACCACCAGGGACUGGCAAGACCUUGUUGGCUAAGGCGGUGGCGAAUGAGACUUCAGCUACUUUUCUUCGUGUAGUUGGUUCUGAGCUUAUCCAGAAGUAUUUGGGAGAAGGGCCUAAACUUGUAAGGGAGAUGUUCAAAGUUGCUGAAGAUAACGCGCCAUCAAUUAUUUUUAUUGAUGAAAUUGAUGCUAUAGGAACUAAAAGGUAUGAUGCGACAAGUGGAGGAGAGAAGGAAAUACAGCGUACAAUGUUGGAGUUGUUAAACCAAUUGGACGGAUUUGACUCUCAAUCUGAUGUUAAGGUUAUUAUGGCCACAAAUAAAAUCGAAUCACUUGACCCAGCUCUUAUCAGGCCAGGUAGAAUUGAUCGGAAGAUCCAACUUCCGAACCCAGACAGCAAGACUAAGCGGAAGAUAUUCGAGAUCCAUACUUCAAAGAUGACCAUGAGCAAGGAUGUGGAUCUGGACGAGUUUGUGGUCAACAAGGACGACCUAAGUGGAGCAGAUAUCAAAGCAAUGUGCACUGAAGCAGGUUUACUGGCUCUCAGGGAACGUAGAAUGCAAAUUACACAAGCUGAUUUAAUGAAAGCGAAGGAAAAGGUUUUAUACCAGAAAAAGGGCAAUGUACCCGAUGUUCUCUACUGCUAGCAUUUCUUCAGAAAUAAUUUUUUAAAUUGUA